CGGUUCCCCUUCCUUUCCGACGACUCCCCGGCAGGAUGGCUCCGGCAAAAAAAGGUGGAGAGAAAAAGAAAGGCCGCUCUGCCAUUAACGAGGUGGUUACCAGGGAAUAUACGAUAAAUGUGCACAAGCGUAUCCACGGAAUUGGCUUUAAGAGGCGUGCUCCACGGGCCAUUAAGGAGAUCCGAAAAUUUGCUGUGAAGGAAAUGGGCACUCCUGAUGUCCGCAUUGACACUCGCCUAAACAAAGCUGUUUGGGCUAAAGGUGUAAGGAAUGUUCCAUACCGCAUUCGUGUGCGUUUGUCUAGAAAACGUAAUGAGGAUGAGGACUCCCCUAACAAACUCUACACAUUGGUGACCUAUGUUCCUGUCACAACAUUCAAAGGUUUACAGACAGUCAACGUUGAUGAAAACUGAAUCACAACUGAUUUAAAAAAAUAAACAGUAACUUGACUUUCUA